GAAAAAAACCCUAAUGCAAAUGUGUACCGAUAGAGAGGGAAUCCCAAAUCCUGAGGAAAACUUAUUACAGAGAUGAACGCGAGGCGAGCUAUUACCGGGAUCUUUACUCCGGUGAGACAGGGAAUCAACUCGCUGGGUCAUGACCCGAGUAAGUUUCAGCAAAUGAGAGGUAUAAGAGUGAAGGUAAGGGACGGGAACUUGGAGCGAGCGUUGGCGAUGAUGCAGCGGCUGAUGCAAUCGAGCGGAAUCGAACGGAUGAUAAAGCAGGAACAAACUCAUCACAUGAAGAAUUCUGAGAAACGCAUUUUGGCUCGCAAGAAUUUGGAGCGUAAGCUCCGAUCGCAGGACCACGCUCGCAAGCUUCAGAUGAUCCUCGUCAAGAAAGUCAGGGGUCUGUGAGGACAGCUUUGGUGGAGUUUUCUCUGUAAUUUUGCAGGAAAUUUUAAUGCUCCUUUUGAUAUCAAGGAUUGAAAUCAAGAACCUUUUCUUUCUUUCUUUCCCCCUUUUUUCCUUAGCUUGAUGAAAUGGGGAUUGACAUUUGCAUAUUUUGCUGGUUUGACAGUUCUUUCAUGAUUGGGAAUUGAAGAAUGAUGAUACAUAUUUAUGUGCAUUGAAAUAAUUACAGUGUUGACUUAUGUUG